GCUUGCGUUUCUCCAUUACACUUGAAUGGCGAAGCAUCAUCCAGAUCUUAUCUUUUGCCGAAAGCAGCCUGGCAUUGCCAUUGGCCGUCUGUGUGAAAAGUGUGACGGUAAAUGCGUAAUCUGUGACAGUUAUGUACGCCCUGCCACGCUUGUUCGUAUUUGCGACGAAUGUAAUUUUGGAUCAUUCCAAGGUCGUUGUGUGGUCUGUGGUGGUCCUGGGGUUUCGGAUGCAUACUAUUGCGUUGGAUGUACCCGCCUAGAGAAGGAUCGAGAAGGAUGUCCAAAGAUUAUUAACUUGGGCUCUUCCAAAACAGAUUUAUUCUACGAGAGGAAAAAGUUUGGAUUCAAAAAAAGAUAACAGUAACAGUCCAAGUAGAAACGGAAUUCCAUGCGAGCGGACCUGGUUCUGCUUGGACAUUCAUGUAUAUUAUCCAUCAUUCAUUGUAUUCCUUUUGUUUUAUAUUGCUGAAAGUAAAAAAGAAAAAGAAAAAGCACGCACACUCACACGAAAAGUAAAAGCUCCUGUUUUCUUGUGGAUCACGGCAUGAAGGGAAAAAGUAAAAUAAAAACACACAGUCAGUUGGGUUAUUCAUCAUUCUGCG